GAAUCAUCAAAACAGCUAUUUAUACACAGUUAUUUGAUCUUACAAAUUGAUUUUAUUUUCUGAAACCCGACGUUUUACUUCAGUAAACAAAACAAUACUUCAACAAUUCUUGAGUCAAUCGAUCUACAGUUACUAGGUUACCAAACGGUUCUUUACAAACAAAACCUGCAAAAAUCUGAUAGAGUUGUUCUUCAGUUCACAUGGGCAAUGGGACCAAAAAAGUUAUAUUUCUUAGAUUGAAAAUGAGCAGAAGUGAAUUGAAAAUUUCAAGAUGGUUAGAUGCACAUCUAGACAGAAGCGCAGGGCUAAAUACUCUCCCAAAAAACGCUAUAUUGUCAAAUGUAGCAGGUGAUGGUGAAAAUCGUUUGGUGAUCACAGAUUUGAAACUGAAAAAAGACUCGAAAUGCAGACUGAAAGUAUACAAAGGUACAAUGGUCACAACGGAUACUGUUCUACCAGAUGUACCCAGCAGUAUAAUCAGUUUCUAUCAUGACAGACUGAACCCAAGAACCCCAGUGGUUGGAAUAGGAUGUGUGAAUGAAUUGCUCAUGUUCAAGAACAAUAAACCUUUUUUCAAAUAUUCUUUGCCUGGUCUACCAGUGUUACCUUCAGAGUAUGACACUUGGAAGAGUAUCGAUAAAAAUGCAGAUAUCGAUGUGAAUGGCAUUGUCGAGAGGCUCAAAGCAAUACCAUUUCACCAAUUGAGUUCAAGAUCACAAGUACUGUUGAACCUUCCACCUGACAAACGAGAAGAGCACAUUUUGAGUUAUGUCAACAAUGAACCCAUGAAGAUAAACCUCAUAACAUGCAUGACAACUCUGAAGAAAAGCUCGCAAGAUCCAUUAUCUAUAGCAUGUCCAGUUAUAGCAACUGAAACUGGAAUUGUCUACAUCCUAGAUCCACAAAAUUUUUCUAUGCUAAUGCAGGCUAAUGUGUGUAACACUAAGAACACACCAUUCAUUGUUACUGCCGCUGGCCUGUAUGACGUUGACUACAAAAUAUUUAUUGCAACAAGAGAAAACCAGGUAUGCUUACUGAAGAGAGGGUGGUUGGAAGGCAAGAGUAUUAUUCAAAUUAAUAGGUCAAUUAUGGACAUGAUCUUCGUGCCAGGUGAUAAUGUUAUAGUUCUAGCAACAACAGAUAAAUUCCUCCACACAUUCACCAGAAAGGGUCAGAAACUGUGGUCGAUAGAGAUGACAUCUUCAAUUACUUGCCUUUGUCUGGUGCCUCUGAAAUAUUUGAACGCCUAUCUAGUUGCCGUUGGACAAAAAAGUGGACUGAUUCAGUUAUACCAAGGAAGACGCCUUGUUGACUUCAUCACAGUUUCUGAUUCACCAUCUUGUAUGACUUUUGGUCAAAUGGGACAAGAAGAUCAUGUAAUGGUCAUCAUAACAUUCGACGGUGCGGUUAUAUUCAAGAUACUCAAGAGAACAGCAGACUUCAAUUUGUCUCAUCAGGACACCAGCAUGCCGAUUCUGAGCCAAAAUAAAUCAUUACCUCUUCCUAAAAGGAGCAAACUUUUUUUAGAGCAGAGUAUGCGUGAAAGGGAAGAUCCUAUUGCAAUGCACAGAAAUUUCCAACAAGAUCUAAUAAGGCUACGAUUGACAGCAGCAAGAGAAAUGGCUCAAAAUCUCAACUAUCAAAUUGGCAGUGGUAAUGAGCGGAAGCAGAUCAAGCUCUCAGCUCAAGUAUUAGGUUUGGGUCCGAAAUUUACAGUACUGUUGAGUUUAGAAAACAUGAGCACUGAACUAGCAAUUAUAGAGACCACUGUUGUAUUUCAUGUGAAACCAGAUAAAUAUCAACUAUCGUCAUAUACUUUCAAAAUACCACUGAUUCCCCCAAAUUUGGCAUAUAAAUUGAAAACCACAGUAAGUGAAGCAUCGAUGGAGAAUACUGAAGAUUCCAAUGUGCUUUUAUCAGAUCCCAAACAGAGAAUAUUGAGGGUGUUUGUGAUGAAGAAAAACGAAAGUUUUCCUGUCAUUGCAGCCACUAUAAAUAUGCCACCAACAGACAUAGCCUACUAGCUCUUCAUAAAACGAAUUGUAAUGAAGGAAUGCGAAAAUUUUAUAUCUAUAUUUAUUAUUAAAAAAUCUAUGUAAAA